GAGAGACAGGCUGGUUGGUCUGACUGUCCUUUGCUGUGGCUGAGCUGAGGCUCCCCUCUUUAUUGACGAAGCACAGAAUCGUGAAGAGCUACUCUGUGGCGCUGUGGUUGAGAUUUUCCUCUAGUGAUGGCAUCUACAGUCGCAGCAGACUCCGUCAUGAAGGGGCUUGUGAUCGUCGUGCUGGCUCUCAUAGUCCGGACCUCGCAAGGCUCUUCACGCUCUUACACUUCCAUCAGCGGAGAGACAGUGAAAGAAAUUGAUGGGUUGUUCUUCAGGACCUGCAGCAAUGAGAAAGAAACUUUUCCCGGCGGCAUCCGUCUUGUGAUCUCUUGGUGUUAUCGAGAUACUGAGGAGUGGUCUGCCAAUAUGAUACUACGGUGUAAUACAGCGACCUAUGAUGGUAUUAAUUGCUCGGCCCAAAUCACUCAUCCCAAGAACACUAAAAUCAGAAGGACGUUUCCCACCGAUUCUAAAGAGAACCUAGGAAGUCAUGACUACGCCAUCUUAUACGAGUGUUCCCCUGAUGACAAGUAUUCUUGGGUGGGACAGGAGCCUCAAGUUACUCAGUGUGUUCAUGGUCAGUGGACACCCAUCAACGGCCAGUGUAUGCCAUGCGAUAUACGCGAUACAAUUCAUGAUGAAAUCUCUAAACGCUGUCCCGGUGGUAGAAGCUACAACUUCAUCGUCAGCAUGACCAGCACCGGAAUUACGGUAACGUGCAGCUGUCAAGACCCCAGCCAGAAUAUCAGCAUUAUAAAUGUGACCAUCCCCAUGAUGACUUCUUCCACAUGGACGAUUCCUUCCAUGACGACGACUCCUUCAACUGUGAACACUCCUUCCACUACGACGACUCCUUCAACUGUGAACACUCCUUCCACUACGACGACUCCUUCCACUACGACGACUCUUUCCACGACGACGACUCCUUCCACUACCAUGACUCCUUCCACUGUGAACGCUCUUUCCACUACGACUCCUUCCACUACGAUGACUCCUUCCACUACCAUGACUCCUUCCACUGCGAACACUCCUUCCACUACGACGACUCCUUCCACUACCAUGACUCCUUCCACUGCGAACACUCCUUCCACUGCGAACAAUCCUUCCACUACCAUGACUCCUUCCACUGGAACGCCUGGGGAGAAGCAAAGUACCAGCAAUUCUGAGGAAGUACACCCUGCUGGGAACCGAAUACCGCCUAUUAUCCUUGAUGAGACGCUGGACGUGCCUGCGGUGCCCUAUUGGGUGAACUCGACCCUCUUCUACGAAUGCCCCUUUGGAAGUGUGCUUCAAACAGUGGGCACUUCGCUUGUCUGUCGAAUAGUACACCCUGCUGGGAACCGAAUACCGCCUAUUAUCCUUGAUGAGACGCUGGACGUGCCUGCGGUGCCCUAUUGGGUGAACUCGACCCUCUUCUACGAAUGCCCCUUUGGAAGUGUGCUUCAAACAGUGGGCACUUCGCUUGUCUGUCGAAUAGUACACCCUGCUGGGAACCGAAUACCGCCUAUUAUCCUUGAUGAGACGCUGGACGUGCCUGCGGUGCCCUAUUGGGUGAACUCGACCCUCUUCUACGAAUGCCCCUUUGGAAGUGUGCUUCAAACAGUGGGCACUUCGCUUGUCUGUCGAAUAGGUGAGUCCGUCUGUAUUUCUUCUAAUUUCAUCUAAGUCAAUCUAUCUGUCCAUCUCACUAUAUAAUCUACAUUUAUGAGUCUAUCUCCUUGGUUCGG